UAGGGGUGCCACUUUUGCUUGGACUUGCCAAUGAUACAUGAGUUAUAUUAUAAUGUGAUCCCGCAUGUUUAAUAUACAUUUUAAACAAAAUUGUUAGAAUUCGUAUUAACUUCUUUACCUAUAAACGAAUUAUUUAUAAUAAUGACGGGAGAAAAAAGUAAUACAGAGGAUAUGUGGACUCCUUAUAAGGAAUUGCAGAGUCUUGUAGAAGGCUACGUCACAUCAUCCCCAAGUAAAUUAGAUCCACAGUUUUAUGAGUUUACAGAAACUCUGCGUAAUCAUAGACAAAAUUUUUUGUCACUGUUAAAAAAUCCUCCAAAAAAUGUCAAAAGUCGUGAGGAAAUUUUAAAAGGUGAAACAGAAGGCAUUACCUCACCAGGAUUGGGCCAUCAAUUACUAACUAAAGAAUUAAUUGACGAGACAUUAAUUAUAAGUGAUAUGUAUGAUUUAAAUGAAUUUAUGGCACUUGAUUUGCUAUUUACUGCGCAAUUACAAAUGCCACAUCAUCCAGGAUUGACUAGAGGAUUAACGGCUAUUUUAUUGUAUUAUGAUGGAAGAAAGGCUCUGACAGCAACAUUAAAAACUUUAGUGCAAGCUAGAGCUGGUCACAGUUGGAUGUUGGACAUACCAUUGGCAUUGACAAAACAAAUUACAGAGUAUACUAACCGAAUGCAAGAAGAUGGAUUGUUAGAUAGAAUUUUGUUCUUACUUGAAGAAAUGGACCCAACAAAAGAACAAGAUCUUUUACAACAGAAUAGAGCACUAGGUGGUGCUAAACAUCAUUACAUGGUCAUGAAAUUAUACAAUGAUACGAGGCAAGAUUUGGCUGAUAUUCUUUACAUGUGGUCGGCACAAUCUACUUUACCAACCACAGUGAUGUUUCGACUCUUAUCAUUUUUACAAAAAUGCCAUCCAGAAUCAGAAGCUGGAGAGGGCAGUCCAGAUAAAGUUACAUUAGCUCUUAUUAUGGCUCUUUCAAAUUCAAUAAACUUGAGUCCCUUGCAUAGUCGUGAGGAUGGUGAAGAUAUUGUUCGUUCAAUGCCAUUAAUAGCUGAGAGGGGAGUCUUUGAAGAAUUAGUUCAGAAAUUGAUAACGCAAAGUGUAGCAUGGGAAACUGCAGGACUAAGAGGUUUUAUACAGUUUGUUCUUGCAAUAGCUGUGACGACAAUCAAAUCAGCUCCAAAUCUUUGUCCUAAUCAAAAUAUAACAAAAGAAGAUGAAAUGCUGAUUGAAGCUGCUUUAUCUAACAAAGCAUUUCAUUUUGCAGCUGAAGUACUUUUUAAAAGCAAAUAUUUGCAUUUUGAAGAAUUUUAUGUUCGUUAUUUUCAUACAUUAAUAUCAGAUUUCAUCUUAUUAAUGCCAUUAAAAGUGAAAGAAUUGAGGAGCAGAGCUGAUGAAUCGAUGCGUUUGAUUCAGGCUUAUCAACAGGAAGGAAUCGAACCACCAGUAAAUUUAGAUAAUCAUUUUAAAUUUUUAAUGCUUAUGGUGGCUGAAUUGUAUAAGUUUGAUCCAUUGAAUUUGAAUUUAGCAAUGGAUUAUUGGUGCCAACACCUAGAACCUUCACAUUUACCAAAUUCUAUACAUGCUAAUCGUUUACCAUCAAGACAAGUAGCAUUAUUUAAAUUUAUAAGAUUAGCUGGUGAAAUUCUACCUGCUGGAUUGUUUGUUCCUUACCUUAAUAUGAUUGCUUCACUUGCUUCAUCUGUGCAAGCUGCUAGACAAGCUUUUAACUUUCUCAAACCUAAUGGAUCUACUGGUUCAACAACGAUUUCCUGGGAUCAUUUUUUUAAUUCACUAAAUCGUUAUUACUAUAAUCUAAGGCAAGAAUUACCACCAACACAGGAUACAGUUUAUAGGCAACGGGGUCAUCCAAAAGGGAUUACUCCCAGUGAAGUCAAAGGCUUAGAAGCAGUGCUACUAGUUGUGCAAAUUGUGGCAAAGUAUGAUGAAAUGUCUAGAAUGGCAUUGUGUGAUCAUCCUGGGUGGAAAGUUCUGCAAUCUCUUAUAGGACUGGUUAGCUGCGCCAUGCCAAUUCCUCUAAAAGGGGUGUUGGUCAAAACUUUGGCAGCUCUUGCUAAGUCUCCAGAUAGUUCUUCAACAAUUUGGCAAAAUUUGGAAGCUGCUCAAAUUAUUACAACAAUACCAACAACAAGUAGUUAUCAACCUAGAGGAGUUCAAACUGAAUUAGAAGAAAUAGAAUCGCGGAACGAAGAAUAUCCAUUGACGCGGGCUAUGUUAGAGUUAUUGGAUGUUUUAACAGAUUUUCCAAUACCUAGACUACUCGGUGUUGGUCAAAGGAAUCCUGGAUUUGAUCCUUAUUUAAAUUUUAUCAUUAAUACAGUUUUUCUCCGAUUUAAUACUCGUUCUUAUAAAAAUCCCAGUGAAAAAUGGGAAGUGGCAGAUGCCUGUCUAAAAAUACUGUUUAAACUGCUUAAACAAUAUGAACCUGCCGUGGAAGAUUUUGUUGGGUGUAAAGUGGAACUUCAAGGAGGUGAAAUGACUGUAGUCAAUGCUUCACCUGGAUAUCAUAUAAUGACACAGCUUCAUUCAAAUACAGAACUACUAAGAGUAAUCUUGUACAUACUCGAUGAAGGUUGCUCGUAUCUUGAUACUUACGAUUCAUUUGCAGGCAAAAAAUAUUUGGAAGAUAGUACUUUGAAUUGUUUAGAGAUGUUAGAAUAUAGCUUGAAAACUCAGCAUCAAUACAUGUCACAGUUAGCUGCAAUUUCAUCUGCCAAUAGAAUAUCUACUGGUGUAUCCCGUCUUUUGUUAGGUGUUAAUCAUCGCACGGGAAAACCUGAUCAUAUGAUUAACAUUGCUAAAUAUAUUUUGUAUAACAACUGGUUGCGACGUCACGCGUAUGUAGCGGUCGGUGUCAUUCAAGGUGUGUCCAAUGAACCUGGUGCUGAUUCUGAAUUGCUUUCAACAUACACGUCUAGUGUAUCACUAAGUACAAAUAUUAGGCAUGGAUUUGUUGAAUGCUUGGAUACUGAAGACACUGGAUAUGAGAAUGAAGAGGAAGGUGAGAGAAAUAAGCAGCAAUCUGGACAUUGCAAAGACCGAAUCUUGUUAUUACUGAUGCAAAGUAUUACUCGCCCAGCUCCAAAUCUGGCUCAUUAUUUACUUGGAUUUGAAAUCACAAAAGACAUAAAAAAAACAAUAAUUCAACAGCCAGGAAUUCUUGGUUAUCCAAGGACGUGCUUACACUCAAUUUUAGGAAUUCUAGAGCUGUCACUGGAAAAAGGCAGGGAUAAAAUAACAGAAGCUUGUUAUUGGUUUCUUCAUACGCUAACAUCAAAUAAUAAAACGUCUAUUCCCGUCCUACGAUUCCUACGAACCGCAACCAAUCAAGAUUUUGUACAGAGACACUUAUCUAAAUUGCCAUUUCAAGGAGCAAACCGAGCUACUGAUUUGACUUGUAUGUCUUGGCUCCUUAAAAUUGCUGCAAUCGAAUUGCGUGUUGGAAGCGGAAGUUUGCAAAAUUGUCUUAUUCAAAGACUUGUUGGAAACCUAGGACAAGACAGAGAUCAAGUUGUACCUUCACAGAAGUUACUAAUGGAUUUAUUGCAUUACAUAGACUUUCAGUUGCAGCUAGAAUCUCCAAAGUCUUGGGAGUAUUUUGACCCUUCACAAGUUGAGAUGGUGUUAGGUCGUUGUAGCGUGCCAAUAGCUCUUUCUGGUGGACCUAUGUUGAUUGAUAUAAAGAAAUUGCAUUCUCUUAUAACUGAUGAGCUAUCUGUAACUCAGGGAAGUGCUACUGCCACUCAAAGAAAACUCAUGCAACAGGAAUUGCAAUCCAUUUUGGCAUAUGCCUUAAAGAGAAACCAGACAAAAACACUUUCCUAUGCAACUGUUAAAUUUGUAGAAGGAUGGUGUCAAACAACUGAAAUAUUGUUUUCUAUUGCAUCAAAUCAGCAGCUUCCAGCAGCUCAAAGGCAAAAUUUUCUUCUAAAUCUUUCUCAUGAUUUACUGCAAAAAAUGACAUCAUGCGAAGCUCUCAAUGAAAUCAAGACAUUAGUUUCUGGAACAGUUUUGAUACUUUUAGUAAAUUUAAGAAUUAGUUUUGCUUUUCAAUCAGAUGACGAACUACUCCCUUCUUCGCCAACAAAUACGACUAUGAUGAAAAUAAUUCUGAACCAUAUUCUUCAAUGGAUUCUGAAUUCUGAAGCUUCCUCUCAGAAGGUUCGCACUCAUCUUUAUGGGGCUCUUCUUUACUUCCUUUGUGUUGUUGGUACUGAGAAAUCAGGAGAGAACAUGGGAGCUGGUAUAGAGACAACGUUUGUUAGUCAGUUGGAUAAUUCAUUAUACAAAGCACUUCCAAUGCAAGAACGCUCACAUCGAUAUACCACGAUUCAAGUGAUUAAUAGCUUCGGCGAUAAAUUAAUGGAUAUAAUUUGUCAUAGUUGUUCAGGUGGCCACGAUGUUUGUAAAAUGCUUGGCCUGUCUUGCUUAAACAAAAUUCUAGAAUUAGAUUGUGAUAAUUCAUGGGUUAUUUACUUAUCUAGCCGAGGAUACUUAAAGCAUAUGAUAGAUGGUUUAUUGGAAUCAGAUAAUUUAUUGCGUUGCAUGCUUCAACCAGAUCCACAGACUUUAAGACCUUUGUAUUUGUAUGAAGCCAAAAUGGCAAUGUUCAUAAGAAUGGCUGCAACAAGACUUGGUGCUGAAAGUCUCUUGGAAAACAAAGUUUUAUCUUGUCUUUCUAGUAUGUCUGUUGUUGAUCAACAUCCUGAUGUUCAUGAUAGUUUCAAUGGAAUUGAUCCUUCUUUCUUACCUUCUGUUGGCCAAAGAUAUCAACAAAUAUUUUUGCCUAUGCUGUAUUUAUGUGAUGCUCUACUCACUACACUUGGUACAGAAAAUCAGUCGUGUGCAAUACAAAUUUGUGGAUUUUUGCAGAGCCAUAGAGAUACAGUUGAAAUGACCUUAAGAAAUAUUUUACCGAGCUCGAAUACUCUAUUCAUGAUUGAAGUUGCUACUUUAACUGGAGUAAUCGCAAGAUCUGCAAAUAUUGAUAUGUACAAGUUGGUUGAUGAAGAAGUUGAAAAAUCUAAUAUUGGCGAAUCUAAUUUGAGAGACAGUAGUGGCAUGAGAGAAUUGCGGGCCCACCUUUAUAGACUUCAAAGAUUAAUGCUUUCUCUUUUACCAAAGUUCCGACCCUUAACCAAAGAAGAUUCAAAUCAACAAAACUUUUCAUCAGUCCAAAUCGCCGCUAAUAUCAUGUUGUAUGUCAGAAAUCAAAUGCAACACAGCCAUAUGGAUCAGAAAUUACGAAAUGUAUUAUUUGAACCAUACUUGUCACAAAAAUCUGAUAAUGGCGAUAUCAGAAUGAGGGAAGCCUCUAGUGGAAUGCACCUGGGCAUUGUUGUUGAACACUUAAUUGCAGCAACUAAUUUAUUAUAUGAAUCAUCUCAAAAAAGACCUACAUCUGUUAAAGAAAUGAGCUCUGCUGAUCUUAAAAAACAUCUUAAUGAGGAAGAAAUAGAAUUAGAUAUUAAUAAACAAAGAAUUAUUAUUGAACAACGAAUUAAUCGUCGAGAAAAAGAGAAACGUCAAAAUAUGAAAUAUGCUUCAUUAAUAAUUGAACACAGUUUAUAUAUUCUGUGGAGUCAUUUGGAUUUUUAUGCAAUGCAAACACUGGCACAAUCUAGAUCACACUUAUCUUCAGUAAACAUAGAUGAUAGUACUUUAGAAUGGAAAAAGUUAACUGAACUACUACCAGAGUUAAAAAAAGGAUUAGUAUCUAUUUUUACAGAUAGUUUUAUUACAAGAUUAUUAGAAAUACAUAGUGAAUACACAACAGUAGAACAAGGAUUUAUUGAAGCUCUUAUCAGAAGAAUUAAAAGGCUUUUACAGUUCAUAGUGGUCAAAUAAAUCGUGUAUAUACAUUUUAUAAAUUAAUUAAAAUUUCCCAUUGUUAGACAAUUAUUUAAUAAAUAUUUUAUACAAAA